GAUCCAUAUGUUUUCCCAUUAAAAACAUAUCCACAAGCAUGGUUUGCUCUCUUCUUGCUUGUUCUUUUAAGAACUGCCAUAUCUGUAUUCCAGUUUACAUUUAGUGUUGUGCCUACGCUUACUGGUGAAAUAUUCAACGUUUCGUUAUCAGCUGUCAAUUGGCUUGCUAAUAUUCAAGGUGUGAUGUACGUCUUUAUGAGUUUCUUUACGGGCUGGAUCUUUCAAAGACUAGGUGUCAAAAAAUCGGUACAUAAACACAUUAAUCAUGAAAUGUUGUGUUGUAUAGCAUCCAAUUAUGGUGCAAUUUUGGGUAUGUUCAUGAUUCCAAAUCUGGUUACUGGUCUUGAUAAAUUGCCUAUGGUGGUGCAUAUCACAUCUGGUAUCUCGGUGGCCGCUUUCAUCCCAUUGCUCAUUAUGCCAUCCAAACCACCGACCCCACCUUCCAGAGCAGUUACAGAGGGAUCGACACCAUCGUUUUUUUCUGGCAUCCGCAUGCUUGCGAAAAAUUACAAUUUCUGGAUAUUGUUCUUGGUGCAUGGUUUAAAUGUCGGGCUUAGCAUUGCAUUUGGUUCCAUUUUCACUCAAGUCAUCUCACCUUAUGGUUAUACGGAUGCACAGGCUGGUCAAAUGAACGCAGUAGCAUUCUUUGCUGGUACUUUAGGAUGCUCUGUUGCAGGACCGGUUUUAGAUUCAACAAAACAACAUAAGUUGUUUCUUAGAUUGAUCGCUCCGAUGGUAUUCAUCACAGAUAUUGGGUUUAUUUUUAUGAUAGUGAAAGUAAGACUCCACAAAAUUUUAACCGAGUUUUUCAAAACUGACCGAUAUCUAAAUAUAGCAUCAUAUCCUGUUCAUGAUGCCACUACGAACUCAAUUAUGUGGCAAGGAUGCCAAACUUUUGGAUUUUUGUUUGUGCUUGCAAUGGAUAUGUUACGAGAUCCUAAUGGUUCACCUAAGAACAAUAUGUAUCAUGCUUUAAUCUUUCAAGCUGGACUUGCAGGUUUGAUGAUGAUACUGUCCUUUGGAUUCAGAGGCCGUAUGUUACGUUCAGAGGCUAACGCCAAGCUUUUACAAGAAGAAACCAGCGAGAAAAGAAACGUCACGGAAGAGCCAAAC